AUGCCUACUCAACCUCUUUUAGCAUAUAUGGAUGGACCAGAUGGCAUAGCAAGUACUGUUGGUUCACGUAUGGAGAACAAUGAUGCCACUAUGCCAAUAAAAGGGGCCAACACAAUCUCGUACAAGAACUUGCAAGACAAGUUCUUAAUGCAAGGGGAAGGAUGCAUGCCUUUGGAUUGCAUGUUUUGUGAUCAGACUUUCAAGCAUCCAGAAGACCUUGGUAAGCAUGUCUUAAUGCAGCACAGGCCAACACUCUGCGAACCAGCAGUUCUGCGUGUAGAAGCGGAAUACCUUAGCCAUCUUGAUAAAGGACAAGUGAAAACAGACUUGCCACCCUCAGAUGCCAAUGAAAAGGAUAGCCAAGAUUUCAGUUGCGUGGUUUGUGGACAAACAUUUGAGGAGGCGUAUGAUGUUGAGGCCCACAUGAGAAAGCACAAGGACUCUUUCACUUACUGGUGCAGUGUUUGUGGGAGGAGAUUUAAGGAGCCAUGGUUCCUCAAAAAUCACAUGAGAACACAUACUGGUAAGCCUGGUUGUAGAAGCAAGACACCUCAAGGAUCAGAGAGUCCUAUAACCAUAAAUGAGGUUGUACAGGACCAAGUAACUGAAAGUAUUACAUCACCUUACAAAAUCUGCAUGGUUUGUGGCUUCCUAUUUCAGAAUAAGGAAAGUUUAAUUGAGCACAGUAAAGUACAUACCAAAGAUUCAGGAGCCAGUGAUGAUGGCUCACAAGCUGAUCCAGAUGAUAAAGGAAAUGGAUCGCCCAGGGAAGAGUUUUUGCAGUUUUUAAACUUAAAACCACGUAUGCCUCUUAGCAAUAAAAAGCAAGAAAAGCCUGUGAAAUGGAUAGCAGAGUUGGAUCCGUUCAGUACGUAUCAGGCAUGGCAACUGGCUACCAAAGGAAAAAUUGCUACUGGCCAUGGGCAAGUGAAAGAGCCAGGGCAUGAAGGAAGUACAGACAAUGAUGACUCCUCUUCUGAUAAAGAAGAGCUUGGGGAAAUUUGGAAUGCAAACAAAGCAAGCCAAAUUGAAAGCACGGGGAAGAUCAAGGCAAGCAAAAGUGGAAGUUUCACAGCGAUUGGUAAUAUACCACAAGACAAAUUCAAAUAUCCUGGCCGUGAAGUGCCUUCUAUGGAGAUGGAUUCAAAAUUGUCCCAGAACAAAGACAAGCCCACACAUUGUUCAGAGUGUGGCAAAGCCUUUCGAACUUACCACCAGCUUGUCCUUCACUCAAGAGUACAUAAGAGAGACCGAAAGAAUGAUUUAGAAGCCAGCUCUGUUGACGGAAAGCAGCCAAGAGCAUGCCUUACAGAUGUCGGGACUGUGGAUGAGAAUGGAGUAGGAGAACGAGGGGAAGGAGGCUCUGAAGAUGGAUCAGAGGAUGGACUAAUAGAGACCUUAGGUAAGAGCUACUAAGAAGUUGUGAUUCCUUUUUAGCUCACUUGUUUUGUUCACGUAUACAUUAUCUAAACCACAUUGAUUUUAUUUUUUUUUAAGUUACUGACAGAGAUUUUUGCUAGUAAUGCUAUAUUAACACCCUUCUUCCUAGGUGCAGGUACUCAGCAUUUUGCUGCUUUAAAGUCAUGGCAUAAUUCCUUUCUUGUAAGUGUACUUAAGGGAAGGAUGCUUGCGUAAUCCUUUGUACAGCAUGUUCCAUGUACACAUGACUGCAUCUUGCCCUUUCUAGCAAUGUGCAGACCUGUAGUUCAGGUUAGUAUAAUGGAGCACUGGCCAUUCUGUUGAUGGCUGAAUGACUUUUGUUUCUUUGCCAUAAAACCUGGAGAAACUUCGUUGUUUCUCAAUUCUUUGCCAACUGGUACUGAGCUCCAAGCACUAUAGGGACAUGUUUGUAUAUAUUCAUGAUCAUUUAGGUUGUGGUAUCAUUAGUGCAUAGUUGCUAGUGCAUUAAUUGUUAAAAUAUAAAAAUUUUGAGAAGAUAAAAAUUACUGUUAUUUUAUGAGAUGACUAGGUGCAUUUCCUGUCCAUGUUUUCUGUGUGCACCACCAUUCUGCAGCCGUAAAUGAAAUUGCACCUCCAAGCAAUGGCAUUAGAAAGAACCUGAAACGCCCUUUGUUGAUUAUAAUACUGUGCUUGCUGCCCUCUAGUGUUAUUUCUUGGGAGUUGCAUGUAGGAGCUAGAGGGAGGGAGAGAAAAAACUGUUUACAUGACUAUCAAAUGAAGAACUGGAACCUGCUGUGAUGAACAGAUAACAAAAGAUUUCCCUCCUUUAAAUGUAUUACAGAAAACCAGGCACUUGUUAGGGUGAACAUUUUUUUUUAACUCAAAACAAUUAAUUUUUAUAAAAGAGAAAUUCUUCUGUUCCAGUACUAUGAAAGACUUAUACAAGCAAAUGAACUAUGAAGGUGUCCCACACUAGCGUUACAAUAUUUGAACAAAAUUCUGUUUACUGUUGAACUAAAAUACUUCCCGUAGGGUUGGGUUUAAUACUGUACAUUCAGUAAUAAUAAUAAAUAAUAAUAUUUGUACCCCACAGAUUUGGUAGAUUUGUUUCAACUUGUGCAGUGCACUUUGGGUUUGUUCCUCUUGGAAGUCUAACUUUACAUUUUGUUUUUCCAGUACAUCUAUUGUUGAACUAGCAAUGCAAGUCUAAUAAACUCAUUAUGCCCACAUACACCAUGCCACUUAACAUUAUUUCUAGUUUGGGGUGGGGCUGGGAUACAGCAACCAUACGUGUUGCUGUUGCAUGCUCAAUAACUCAGCCGAAGUGUGUGUGUGUGUUAAAUGGCCAACAAAACUCCCAAACAAACAUAUUUAAUCUCCAUUCUGGUGACUCCUGCUGUUUCCCCCCUUUAAAAUGGCCCCAACACAACAUAGCAUCAGGUCAUUUGGGGAUUAAGAAGAAUAGUUGGGCCACCUAUAGACUUGAGUUAAAGCUGUGUCAAAAGUUAAAACUAAAAACCACUCAAAACAUCAGCCCCCACCCCCUUGUUGGUAUCGUUCUCCAUUCUCAGGUGCCCACUCGGAAGCCCCGUCUGGUGGAAAUUGCUUGAAACUUAGGAGACCUCAAGGGAAAUAAUCUGUGUUCUCAUGGGGUUUACAAACUCAAAAUUAACUCAGAGUUAAUUUUGUUAGAAUACGGUGCAUAGGCCGAUUGAUAGUGAUGUUGAUGCUGAUAGUGUGUUAAUACACUGCAUGGUAGUAAAGGAAAAGGAGCAGUAGGGGUAGGAGAUGCAUGGCUCAUACUGCAUAUGUGUCUAGUGGUGGUAGCCACAUUAACACAUGCUGUUGUCAUUAUAGAUGCCGAACAUGCUUGGAUCCAGUACAGUGGUACCUUGGUUCCCAAACUUAAUCCGUUCCAGAAGUCCUUUCCAAAACCAAAGCAUUCCAAAACCAAGGCACGUUUUCCCAUAGGAAGUAAUGCAACACGGACUUUUAAAAACAACCCCUAAAACAGCAUUUUUACUAUCUAACAAGACCAUUGAUCCAUAAAAUGGAUCCAUAAAAUGAAAGCAAUAAUCAGUGCACUGUACUAUAAAAUAAACAAGACAGUAUUGUAGAUGAUAAAAAUUAAAAUUAUUUUUUCCCCUUGCCUGCACUGAUGAUAGUCAUUGUUUGGAGGGGGGACUUUUAUCCAUUUCCACAGUCACACAAUCAAUCAGUUGCUGAACUGGGUUCCAGUCAGAAAAAACAAGUCACAAAAAUGAAGUCACAAGUCAAAGUCCCAUAAAAGUAAGAACAAGCCACACAAACAAAAAUGCAAAAGAAAGCAAAAACAAAAGCACCAAAUAUCACCUCCGAACUCCAAUUGGAAAUGGAAGGCUUCAGUUACAAUGGGGGGGGGGGGGACACAACGAAAAUAAGCAGCGCAACAGUACAAACAGAAGGCAGGGAAGCUUUAAUUAUGAUGGGAGGGGCGCAAAUUAGCAGCACAACAGUACAAAUGGAAGCUCAGGAGCACAUUCGGCUUCCAAAGCAAAGUUCGCAAACUGGAACACUGACUUCCAGGUUUGUAGUGUUCAAUUUCCAAGUUGUUCGGGAACUAAGCUGUUCGAAAACCGAGGUACCACUGUAUUCACUUUUAUAACAUGGUUUGUUUGUGUUUUUUUCUUUUUUUCCUCUUUCCAAAGAUAAGAACGAAGAUGGCAUAGAAAGGGCAAAAGUUAAAAACCUUGGCGCCUCUAGAGAAUGCAGCUAUUGUGGGAAGUAUUUCCGCUCAAACUAUUACCUCAAUAUUCAUCUCAGAACUCACACAGGUAAAAUGAAUUAAACUCUCUUCACAAUGGUUGGUGCCUGAACUGAAGGAAAUUUCAUGAUUAGGAUAAUUCCAGCUUUGGUGUUUGAUACACUUCCCAGAAUCAGCUUACUGCAUGCUGAGGAAAUACAGUAGCCCCUAGCUGUGACCUCUAGACAGAUGAGGUGGUUAAGAGCUAUGCUAUUAACUCCAAAUGUCCAGAAUUGUGAGCCAACUGGAAAGGAUAUUGAAAAUUGAGGGAUUUACAAAUAAGAGAGCACUGCUGCUUGCCUUUUAAGGUUUUAGUCUCUUUCCAUAGUAUGUGGUGUUCAGUGAACUCCAGAGAACUGUGAUGUUCAGUGCUAGAAGCUAUAUGUGUGUUGGGAGGAGAGGCUGUUACACUUCCAUAUUGACUCCAGGAAUGUAAGCAUCUUCAUCAACAUUGAUGGCUCAGAGCCCACCUCAGAGAUUUAGCUUGUAGAAGGACGUGGAAAUUCUCAAGUUGUUUUGCCACUUGCUUGAGGGUGGGGGAGUGUGGUAAAGGUCCUUGACAUGCGUUAUGCUAUUCCAGAAGGAUGUGAUGGCACUCCUUAGUGUUCAGCUUCAGUUGCUUACGGCUACAUGGCUCAAUCCUGGCUAACCAAGAGACUCACACAGUGAUGCUGACCUCUUGAAAAUGUAUGCAACUAUAGGGAGGAUUAUCACUUUGGCUAUAUGCUUUGUUGUUUAUCCUUACUUUUGUCAUGUGUUUAGCAAAAUGGUCAUCUAAACUAAAGCAGCUAAAACUUCCUCUAAAUCAAAGAGAUAUUCGUACUUAGUGAAGCUCCAGUGUUAGAUUUUGGCAAAAUAUUGAUUUCCCAGCAUAUUUAGUGGAGAUGGGAAAGGAUAGCACAGAUUCCCUUCUUGUGUUCUUUUAGCAGAGGGAAAUGGUAAUAGCUCUGACUUCUCGUUUGCAACUCUUUCAGGUGAAAAACCAUACAAAUGUGAAUUUUGUGAGUAUGCAGCAGCCCAGAAAACAUCUUUGCGAUAUCACUUGGAGAGACACCACAAGGACAAGCAAACAGAAGCUGCAGCAGAUGUGAAAAUUGACAGUAAAGGUUUGCUAUCUUCUCAGGAGAUGGGCUUUUUGCCAGUCGGCAAUUGUGUUCCGGAAACCAAAAAUCUGAAAAGGCUCCUGGAAGAUGCCAAAGAUGCUAAAGGAGGCCCACCUGUAAAACAGCAGAAAGAAAUGCUUUCCUCUUUUCAGACUGCACUGAACAAUAUCACUCAGGACACAAAUAAAGGUACAAACUAUGGUGGCUCAAAUGAUGGUGCAUCAGUUCCAUGCCUUGAAAACUUAAAGUUGGAAAAAAUUGAAAUAGAGCUUCAGGAAAACAAGCACGUUGAUAGGUCUGAGAAAAGGAAUUAUGUUUUGCCAGAAAGUGUGCUUUAUUCUGGUGCUGUGAAAAGUGAAACAAAUACGGCUCUUCUAAGCGACAUUUCAGAAAACUCGAAAUGCAGACUAAUAGCUCAAGAAAAGCCCUUAAAUUUGUCUACUGGCUGUUCUCUGGAUGCUUCAGUAACUGCUGCCUCUCAGUGCUCCUUAGCAACCAGCACCUGCUCCUUUUGUACUUACCGAACACUAUAUCCAGAGGUUCUAAUAAUGCACCGGCGAUUGAUGCAUAAGCCCCCCAAUAAUUCCAACGCUGCUAAUAAAAAUAGCAUCAGAAAUAGGGCAGCUCUUAAAGCCAGACGUACUGGAUGCCCACCUUAUCUUCUGGGAAAGGAUGUGCACCCUCUGCCUCUUAACCCUGGGAAAAUCAAGUCUUCCUUGCCUACCCAGUCAAAAUCCCCGCAUGUGGAGAAGGCUAAACAUUGUCCCACUCUACGGAGCAAAGCACCCAUUUUUUCAGCAUUGAACUCUAGCAGCUCGGCACCAAGUAACUUGAAAUCAUGCAAACUGCAAGUGAUUGGAGGUCAGAUUACUAGCUCUAGACCACAGCAUGAAACCCACAACAGCCCCAGUAGCACUCCUGUACAGGAUAGAGGGAAAAAGCUGGAUCCUAAAGCAAGAGUUUUGGCUUCUCAAUUAGGCAUAGCAAGUAGCAACAUAAAUGGCUCUCUUGAGACUCCGUUGAACGAAUCUGCUUGGUCAAGCAAUCGAGGAAUAGAGUUUCUCAGUAACAGACCUGCAGGGAAUAUAAACUUGGAAUUUGAUGGACUGCCUUCUAAAAGAGCAAGGUCUAAUCUUUUGGCACCAGAACAGAUUGACCCUAUGCUGUAUCGGAGAGGGAACGAUGCUGGCAGAUUACAUAUUGCAGGCAGAUAUGCAGGUCUGCUACCUCAGGAAUAUUCACACACCAAACCUGCUGCCUCUUUCCUCCCAGCCAAACAAGGGCUCAUGAGCUCUGAAGUAGAUGCUAUAAAUCCAGUGACUAUUCUGAAGCCAUACGAAACAUAUGGUCCUGGGCCAUAUUACAGUUCCUGUGGAUCAAGUAGCAGUCAAGUCCCCAGCUCUUCAAAAGAAGGUAUUCACACUGUGUUUCAGCACUUUAAAAACAAACUAAUGCUUUCUGCUUGCUGAAUCAAAUUAUCAUGUUUUAAGUGACUGCACUGCUCACAAAAACUAGAAUUUACCAGCCAUUUAUCUAAUCCUCAGUGUGUAUUUAAGAACUUGGAUGUGAUUGCUGUUGUCUCAUUAAUCCUGGGCUUAUUAAAUGUAUCUGGGGGGAAAUAGGAUAGCAGACAUAUAUUUACUUGCUGCUACAAAGUGGCGCCCAAUCACAACUAUGGUAAAAACUUGGAUAUCUCUGUGGGAUAUUUUGACUUCUUCCCCAAAGGAGAUCAACGCGUGGCUUCUACUGUGAACCCAAAAAUUUCCCAUCCAGACAUUGUAAAAUAGGUCACUCUGUUUUUCUUUUUCUGACCAAUCGCCAGUAAUAAUUUCUUUUUUUAAGAAAUGAGAGUGAUCACUUACCUCCUCCUUUACUUCCCCAAGGGCUUACAUUACCAGAAGACAGGGAUUUGGCACCACACUAUGUUUUCACACAGCAUGUUGCUAAGAGCAGCUGCCUUCAAGCUGCAUAAUUUCUGUUUUGCAGAAGCUGUUGUGCAUGUAGUUUUUAUGUCAGCCACCCUGGGUCUCUUUUGGGAGGAAGGGCAGGGCAGGAAAAAAGAACAAUUAAUAAAAAAAUAAGGGAGGGAGAACAGAGCCCUAGUUCCUGCUCUUUGUUACACAGCACUGGGUGGGUUGGGGGAGGCUAGGUGUGGGACUCCCUGCCUCCUUUUCUAAACUUUGUCAGUAACUUCUUAAAGCUAGAAAGAAGAGUUAUGCCCUAUGCCAUGUUGGAGAAGGCUACAGACAUGCCAAAUUCAUGGGUAUAGCUGGUGACCACACCUGCUGGCCUGAGUCUUUAGCUUCAGGUGGUGACCAUUUUGUGCAUGUCCAGUUGACAUGUGACCAGUGACGUAUGGGUUGUUUCAAUCCAGAACGAGGGCAGAACAGGAUGGGCUUAUGCACACUUGGGAGCCAGGAAUGGAACCCCCACAUAAAAUGGUCACUGCCUGUAUAUGUAUGCCCGCUCAGAGAAAAAAGCAUCAGCACAAGAUGUGCAACCUGGACUUAGAUCCAGGGCCAGCACAACGCUUGAGAGUACCUGGGUCAAAGUACUCUCACUAAAAUGCUGCCUUGUUGCCCCUCCUGAAAUAAUAGUUUUCCAGGUGCAAGGGGAGCAGCAACAGGCACAAGUGGGAACAGACAGCAGUUGGGGGCCAUGCAGUACUGAAAGUAGCGGAGCUCCAGGUUCCUCAGCACAGGGAAGCACUAGGUUCGGUCAGGUGGCUGCAGCUGCAGAUUUCAUUUCCCUAGAAUGCUUCAGAGCUGCAAACUGAAAUUGCAGAGGGAUUACACAUUUGGGUAGGGCAUUGGGUUUAGUGAAGAUGGCGGCACUGGAGCUGCUGGGCCCUUCACAGGUCCCCCCACCUAAAUUAAAAAAGGGAAGGGGGUGCCAUCAACAGCUACAGGACCCCUGGGAUUUUUCCAGCCAUGCCGUGUGCUGAUUCAGCACUUGCCUGAAUCAUGUGACUAAUACACCACAUGAAGCAGUAGUAUGGUAGUGGCUCAUGUAGCUUUAUCUCUGGGAUGGUAUGGACUUACUGUGGUUGUUUGUCACAGGAGCAGUUCCUGAAUUACAUUAGUGAUAUAGUUGCUAUUCGCCCUUGCCUGCAGUGAAGUAAGAAUAAAGAAAGCAUGUGGGAAGUGCCUGCACCUACAUUUUCAUGGCUGUAAUGGUGAUGAGGCUUUCUCCAUGUGUUCAGAUCCCUCUUGUGCAGCUUCUGUAUUCCUAUUUUCCAGAGUGGUCUCAAUCGGAUUAUUUGUUUUGAAUACUUCAGGAAAUUAUGUAUGCUAAGAGUUGGGACAAGCAGCGGCUAAAGUGCUUUGCUGCCUCAGGCCAGGGUUUUCGCUAGAUGAUUUGAACCCACAGUUCUACAAACUCGCUGCCUUGUUUUGCAAUAAAGCUGCAUUCACGUGGUUAUUAUUCCAGCACAAGUCCCGUCCCCCCCAAAUUUGGGUAUAAAACUAGCAAGUCAAUUGUCUUGUGGAAACAAAUUGGUAACAGUGCAUAAAAUGGGAGCUAGGAAGGAACUUGUGCAAGGAACUUGUGCUAGUCUUGUAACAUUUUUUUGCACCUCCCACCCAGCUUUAAAACAAUUGGAUUCAUGUCAUGCUACAAACUGGUUUUGGUUUCAAAAGCAGUUGGUGCUGUUUUGAGGGGAAAGCUACUGUAUAGCACACACACACACACACCCCGCCUUGAGCUUGUGCAAAAAGUUUCAUGGUUCAUUGGGUCCUGACCAUUGUGUUUCGUUGAGGUAUGCAGAUCAUUAUCAUUGUCUGAAGUAAUUCUUCCAGCAUUUUGCUGAGUUCAUGAAAACGAUCAAAAUGUAAAAGUGUGUUUAUAGACAAGUUAUUCAUUUGAGCAAGGGCAGAGGAAGAAUGCCAUGGUUAUUUCACUAAGUUCUUGAAAUUAGUUUUGUGGCUAUUUCUGGCCUUACUGGUAAUGUCUUCUAAUGUGCUGGGUUUUUUUUUUUUUAAUUAGGAAAAAGGCCAGUGUCGUAUCAACACUUGUCUAGCACCAUGCUGCAGAAAAGAGGUUACGAGAGGCUUAUUGGUAAUACACAUAAUCGACUGAAUGACAAGAGAACAUGA